AUGGACAUCGUCGAUGUUGGGGCUCCAAAGCCCACCCCAAUGCCCGACGCACCAGCCAAGGACUUUAUGACGGAUGCUCACUGGGAAACUCUGUAUGCUCUUCUCGACGGCGCCUUGCCCUCCAUCACCUCGACCACCUCGUCGCGUGUCGCAGACAAGUCCGCCAGCAUUCUCCUGUCCGACAGUCAGUUCGAGUCCCUCAUCGACGACUCCGUUGCCGCCCUGUCGAAUCCCCCUUCCCGGAGCAAGAUCAAGGAGUAUCUCGAGUUUCGCCCCUCCCAGGAUGCCAAGUUCCGCGAAGACUGCGUGCGGUCGCUCGCCAGUGCUCCCCAGAGGGCCAAGCUGGCCAAGAUCCUGGAUCUCCUCGGCGGCCACGCCGGCAGCCUGCUUCUGACCGGUUACUGGGCCCCCGUCACGCAGCAGCCGACGAGCGUUCGGCAGGCCAUCCUCAAGUCGUGGGCCGCGUCGCGCCUCGCGCCGUUGCGCAUGCUGGCCAAGUCCCUCGUGCAGAUUGCUCAGAGGGCAAACUCCGUCCACAGCCCCUACUUCAACGAGAUUUCGGGCUACUCGGACGUCCCGCGGGACUGGAAGCCCGUCGAGGGAUACGACUACCACUUCGUGCAGGUGCCUGCCGGCGCGGGCGUGCACGAGAUCACCACCGACGUGGUCAUUGUCGGAUCCGGCUGCGGAGGGGCCGUCUCGGCCAAGAACAUCGCCGAGGCCGGCCACAAGGUCCUCGUCGUCGACAAGGGCUACUACUUCCCGCCCUCUCAGCUGCCCAUGGCGCAGGCCCCCGGCGCCCACUACCUCUACGACGCGGGCGGCGUCUCCUUCAGCGACUCGUCGAGCAUGGGCAUCGUGUGCGGCGGCAGCUGGGGCGGCGGCGGCACCGUCAACUGGAGCGUGUGCUUCCGCCUGCAGGACUACGUGCGCGAGGAGUGGGCCGCGGCCGGCCUGCCGCUGUUCACGUCGAGCGACUUUGACGACAGCAUGGACCGGGUCUGGGACUUUGUCGGCGCCAGCAAGGACGGCAUACGCCAGAACCCGCGGAACCAGGCUCUGCUGGACGGCACCCGGAAGCUCGGCUGGAGGGGCGGAGUCGUGGAGCAGAACACCGCCGGCAAGGAGCACUACUGCGGCCAGUGUCACCUGGGCUGCGGCUCGGCAGAGAAGAAGGGCCCCUCGGUGUCUUGGCUCCCGGCCGCGGGUGAAGCUGGCGCCCAGUUCAUGGAGGGCUUCGCCGUAGACAGGGUCGUUUUUGCCGACGACGGCGUCACCGCCGUCGGCGUCGAGGGCACGUGGACCGGCAGAGACGACAACGGCGGUCUCCACGCGCGCGAGGACACGCGGACCCAGCGGCGCGUCCUCAUCAAGGCCGACAAGGUCGUCGUCUCUGGCGGCUCCUUGUGGAGUCCGGUCAUUCUGAAAAAGAGCGGCAUCAAGAACCCCAACGUCGGAAAGCACCUUCACCUGCACCCGGUCAACUUUGUGUCCGGCGUCUUUGGCACUCGGGACAUGGCGUCGUGGGAGGGGGGCAUCAUCACAUCCUACGUCGACGAGUUUGAAAACCUCGACGGCAAGGGCCACGGCGUCAAGCUGGAACCCACCUGCAACAUUCCAUUCGCAACAUUCACCGUGCAGGCGUGGCGAGACGGCGUCGACGCCAAACUGCUCGCCAUCAAGUAUCGGCACAUUGGCACCUUCAUCGCACUGACUCGGGACCGCGACACCGGCCGCGUGUACCCCGACCCGAGAAACGGCACGCCACGCGUCCAGUACGACCCCUCCGACUUUGAUCGCGAGCACACCAUCGAGGGUGUCGUCGCCCUGGCCAAGAUCUGCUACGUCACGGGGGCGACCGAGAUCAGGCCUCACCUCCCGCACCUGGAGCCGUUUGUGCCCAGCGACGGGGGCAAGCGACAGGCCGAGCACCAAGCCGGCAAGGACCCCGAGUUCACCGACCCCGAGUUUGCCGCCUGGAUCCAGAAGCUGCGCGUGGCCGACAACAAGGGCCCUACUGUCACGUGGAUGUCGGCGCACCAGAUGGGCUCGUGUCGCAUGAGCGCCGGCGAGGACACUGGCGUCGUGGACAUGAAGGGCAAGGUAUGGGGCACCAACAACUUGUAUGUUGCCGACGCGAGCAUCUUCCCCAGUGCCAGUGGCGUCAACCCCAUGAUCACGGCCAUGGCCUUGGCCGACUGGAUUUCACGGGGCAUCGCCAGUGAAUUGGCUCAGAGGUAG